UCGAAUCCUGUCACCUUGAUUUAAGAUAAUUAGAUUAGAAAAAAAGCACAUGAUACAAUGAAGAUUAAUCGACCAUUAUCACCUCAUCUUAGUAUAUACAAACCACAACUUACAUCUACUUUGUCUAUUUUUCAUAGAAUUUCUGGAGGAUUUUUAGCAGUCCUUUUCUUAUUUACUAUAUUGUUUUUAAAGGUAUGCGACCUUGGCUUAAGUUUUUAUCCAAUUUAUUGGUGUCUUUUAACUAUUACAGCAUAUUUUGAUUGGUUUCUGUUUAGCUUGGCUAAUUUGGCAUUAUUGGCUUUAUGCUAUCAUACGAGUAAUGGAAUUCGUCAUCUACUUUGGGAUUUUGGAUUUUUUUUAGAUUUAUCAAAAGUAUACAUUACAGGCGCUUUAGUCGUGAUAUUAAGUGCAAUUCUUUUAAUUCUUUUAAAUAGUUGGAAGCUUUAUUUUCUUUAAAAAAACAAGUCUAAUAGCAUGAACACAAAGCAUUCAGCCUUGAAUCAUUGGCUUAUUCAGCGAGCAACCGCAAUAUUGUUAUUACCUACUAUUUUUAUGUCAACUUCCUACCGGAUGGCUUUGAUUUCUUUAACUAUUUUAGUAGUUUGGCAUCUUCAUUUAGGUUUAGAAGAAAUUUUAGCAGAUUAUGUUCACCAUGAGGUUACACGAAAUCUAAUAUUAAUACUUCUAAGGAUUUUUCUUUUAAUCAGUAUUAAAUACGUCUUUGUUUUCGUGUUAACACAUGUACUUUAAAGGACACGGCGGUUUAUCCGCCGUUUUUAAUUCUUCAAAAACGGAAUCUCUCGCACCGCAUAAUAAUGCAUGCUUGCUGUAUGUGUUUCAGAAUGUUUCGCUUGCAUUAUUAUGUGUUUUUCCUGUGACAAUCUUAUGCUCAUAAUAAUUUUCUGCGCCCAUAAAAUAAUUUUGCUUUUCUCAAUUUCGUUGUUUUAGCGAACCAAUAAAAAAAAAAGAUGCAAGAUAACUAUGUUGCUCGAUUUCAAUUUCAACUUUUUAAGAAAACGUUCUUAACUAUACUUAAUAAGUUUUCUUUAGGCAUAAAAACCGCUUCUGUGCUGUUUUGGGAAAGCCCUUGGCGCGCUAUUCUCAUGGUGUUGUGGGAAGUAGAGGUUCUUUCUUUUAAAUUUUCUUUUCUUUCUUACUGCCUGCUUUAUUUUUUUUCAUGAAGACUUCUGUGGGUCAGAUUGUUUUCUCACUUAUUUUAAUCCCUUCAUAUGGGUUGGCAGAAAAAGAUUUUCCUUGGCUUUUAAUUUUCUAUUACUUAUUUUUAUUCGAAGGAUAUGUUGUGUACUUAGUUUGUAAAUUCGUCCCAGAAUUUUAUGAUUUUUUAAAACAAGAAUUUGGCGUCGAGUUUUUAAAAGAAUUUUGUGAUAAUUCCAUUUUUAAUAAAAUUCGAAUUCAUUUGAGUUUUUCUCUUGCAUAUCCAUUUAUUCGGGCCUUUGAACAAAGUCAUACCGACGAAAGAGUUAAUAAAACAUUUAACGAGCUUCACAAGAGUGCGCAGAGCUCUUCUGAUUGGCGCAAUACUAUGGCGGAUCUCUCGGAGCUUCGUCGUCAAGCGAGAGCAGAGGUUGGCCUGCCUUUGACUCAAAGGAUGGAAGAAGCGGUGGCUACGGGCAUCCUUCAUGGAUUCGCUAAGAUAGGGGAAACGUUCGUAAAAUCACGCGGCAAUGGUGAAAAAUAGAGUUCUUCGGGGGAUUCUGUAGCUAACACUUAAAAACGCAUUUAUCAAUUAAAUUUAUUAUACCGCGGCCAGUUUCACUGGCCGCUUUUUUUGUCUUUAUUUAAUCUAAGGAUAAAAAGAGAAGAGAAUUUUCUAUACCUACAAUUUUCUAUACUUGCCUACUUUGUAGCUUGCUCACUUUUCUGCGAAAAUCUUUCGCUUGCAAAGCAAGUCUGUGUGUUCGUGUAAUAAUGCAAGCUUUUGAAAUGUCUUUCGUUCGCGGAGUUUUCAAAUGGCUCGCGUGCGUGAUCAUGCAGGCAAGCUCCUAUUGAAAUGAAAACCAAUUUAAUGAUGCAAGUCUCCGUCGCAAGCGCAUAAUUAAUUUAAUUUUCAUUUCAAUAGGAGACCAACAACUACUUGCAAGUCCUUCGCAAGUUAUUCGGGUAGGCGAAAGCUUGCAAAGCAACUUCCUUCGGUGCGCGGCACGGUGCGCAGCACGGACCUUCGCUUGCAAAGUUCUUCGGCGCAUUAGUUUCCGCCGCCUUUAGGUGCUUAGUUUGCUCGUGCGAAGCACGCGCAAACUAAGCGCAAGCGAAUUUCUAACGCGCCUUCGCUUGCAAAGCAAGCUCGUUUUCUUGCCUGACGGAUUCCGCAGUUGCCGUUUAGGGCACCGAAGGUGCUCCUUUACUUGCCUUUGGCGACUAAAGAAAAAAAAACAAA